UAGACUAAUACAGGCCCAGAAAUGUCGCAACGUAGGGGUAGUGUCCAGAUAAGAGGGGCACCACCCGUGGAUGCAAAGCGCUGAGUACAAUAGGGGAUGCAAUGCACUCGGCACAACUGUGGAAUGCACUUGGACACUCAGUCCGACAGACCACCUCCAGUACCAGGAUUCUACACCAGAAGACUCUAAUUCUCGAGCUUUAAUCCAGGUUUCUUCGUUUGAGCCGUACUUCUCCUAAGCCUGGAAGUUUAUUUG